AUGGCGAUGAGCGACUUCAGGCACGGCGUGCAGGCGGCGCAGGGGCACGUGUACCUGUCGGCGAGAAACACCGAUAUGCUGAGCCGCGUCUCCGCCGCCGUCCAGGACAGUCUCUUCCGGCAACCGCCGAAGGUCAGCCCGCAGCUGGCGCGGAGCGCACCGACGUGGCGAAGGCUGUUGGGCAAAGAGGCGUCGGCGGGGUCCACGCCGCGCGCGACGGCAGAGGCGCGGCUGCAGGGCAACGACGCGGGCACGCCGCAGCAGCAGCAGCAGCAGCCGCUGCCAUUGAGCUCCUCCUAUUCCGCGGACGCGGGUGGGCGGCGCGCGCAAAGCCCCCACGUGGGUGUUGAGCCCCGCGGCGGCAGCGAGGAAGCGGUGGUAAUGGAGACCGUCUCCGCAACCUCCACGCGCUUCAAAAGCCCCUACGAGCCGCUUAUGCCGCCCGCCUGCGGGCCGGCGUCAGCGCCCGCACACAGCACUGCGGCGGGGGAAAUUCACGAGGCGCUGGAGGAGAACCAAGAGACCCACGCGGAAGACGAACACCGCGAGGAAGGUGUCAAUCUUCCAGGAAAACGGUACCGGCCGCACCCGCUGCUUCUUGCCAUCUUGGAGCGGGUUCGCGCCUCCUGCACGGCGGAGGAGCAUGCGAGCGACCGGGCGGAGCGGGAUUUCAACACCAUGAUGGAGUCUAGAGAAAGAGCGCUGCGCACCAAACUGUCGAGUGCCUUUUCGAUGAUUUCGCCCAGCGACAAGGGCUGCAUUGCCUUCUUGCAGAAGAUGGAGGCACGUGUCGCCAUCGCGAAAAAGCUCUUUGAGGUGCAGAGAUACGAGGAGGGGACGAUGCGGAUGACAGAGUGCGCGUUGCGGCUUGAGGUCGCGGCGAUGCGUGCGCUGCUCCGCCAGAUUGUGGAUGCCGUCGCGGAGGCGGAGGAGCGGCAUGAACGAGAAGGCCCCCGCUGUCCCCACUACGCGGAGGAGUGUCAUGCUAUGGCGGCCAUCCAUCAGGCCCUGGAGGAGCUGCCAUCGUGA